GGAGGGGGAGGAGGAGGUGCAAUCCACCACCGGGAAAAGUGGAGUUGAUCGGUCACAUAAACGUAGUAAACCUUUUCCUCACAUCCUCUUCCUCUCGUCCACCUGUAAUCUCCAUGAUCGGAAGCGAAGACAUCGACCCUCUCUCUUAACUUCUCAUCUCCUCCCUCGGUUCGGAGAAGAAAGCAAAAGAAUUGACUCGAGGCUUCUGAUCUUUUUUUUUUUUUUUUUUUUUUUUUUGCCUCCCCGGCGGGAGGGUAUUCAAAAGACAUCUUCAAGCGUUCAAUCCAAUAAAGAGCAGAAGGCUGUUAACCUAUUUUUUUUCCAACGCUUUUCUUCGUGGAUUGAGGAAGAAAAGUACACAUGCAUGAUCCAAGAAGCCGACUGCCCGUCGAAAGCAACAUAACUUGGGGCAAUUCAUUCUUCAACCUAUUUUUGGAAUAUACGCGCAUCAUCGCGUGAAACAAGACUUUUUUUUUUUUUUUUAACCCUCCUGGAAGUUCAUUUUGACAUGCUCGGAGUAUCCCGGAGGAAAGUGACGAUGCCCCUUACAGCACAUUGCUCCAUGUGUUUCCUGCUAAUUAUCAAUUGACUUCAGGCUGAGGUAAAUAGGCACGGCGACGGGCUCAAAGUUCUACAUUUCCCCCGAAAUUCCAAGCAUCCGCGCUCCGUAUGACCAUUCACGAGUGCAAAAGCCUCACGCUGUAUCCAUUUUGGGUGCGUAAAAGUGGACCGACUGCGCGGACACGCGAGGACCGGCCGGUAUCACUGCUGUCAUUCUCAAGAGAAGCGUGCAGAAACGGGAGAGGACUGAUGAACGCAUAAUUUGCAACCCGGAAAGUUUGCUCAGGGGUUCUGAGCGUCGCUUUUGGCAGAGAGGGGUGGGCGAGAGGACGCGACCACCUGGGAAGGAAACGUUUGGCUGCAGCGGUGGGGUGGAAAAAAAAGAAAAAGAGGACAGAGGUUGGAUUAUUUGAAAACUGUAAGAUAUUGCCCAGGUCAAUAUCGUGUCGGUGGCAUCUGUUGUGGAGGCUGGACUUGUAACGCUCACAUACAGCUGGUCCUCUUGGAGAGAAGAGCGAUGAAGACUUCACUCUUUCUCCUCUUCAUCCUUGCCCUGCUGGCCUCAGGAACCAGCGAUGAUGUCAAGUACAUCGCCAAGAGGAACUCUGUUGAUGGGUGCAUCGACUGGUCAGUGGAUCUCAAGGAGUACCAUGUUCUGGCCGGUGAGCCGGUAAGGGUGAAAUGUGCCUUGUUCUACAGCUACAUCCGGACCAACUACACCAUGGCGACCAACGCCAAACUGCGCCUCAUCUGGUACAAAAACAAAGGGGACGCUGAGGAGCCCAUCAUCUUCUCGGGCCAUCGGCUGAGUAAAGAAGAUGACUCCAUCUGGUUCCGGUCGGCGGAAAUGGAAGACAAUGGUUUCUACACGUGUGUACUAAGGAACUCUACUUACUGCAUGAAGGUGUCCAUGUCCAUGACUGUGGAGGAGAGUGAUGAGGGAAAAUGCUUCAGCAGCAACAUCCGCUAUCUAGAGAAAGCCGAGAUUACUCACAGCAAAAUGAUCACAUGUCGCGAUAUAGACGACUAUUUGGCUCCGUAUAAACAACCUCAAAUGGCCUGGUACAAGGAGUGCGAGCGAGUUGAAUGGAGAAGCUCAAUUAUCGUCAACAAUACACACAUCUGGAUCCCUGAGGUGGAUGAGGAAGAUGGGGGGAAUUAUACCUGUGAGUUGCAGUAUGGAUCCCGACUGGUGCGGAGGACAACAGAGCUCAAAGUCACAGCUCUCCAGACCACACAGCCACCUAAAGUCCUUUUCCCACCGGAGAGACAAGACACAGUGAUAGAGAUCACACCCGGCAUGCCUCUCAGUCUGGACUGCAAGGCAUUUUUCGGCUACAGCGGAGAAAACAGGCGACCUAUCAUCUAUUGGAUGAAAGGAGAGAAGUUUGUUGAAGAACUUGCAGGACAUAUUAAAGAAAGCGAUGUCAGGAUUUUAAAGGAGCAUUUGGGAGAAAAGGAAGUGCAGCUAUCCUUAACUUUUGACGCUAUAGAGGAGACUGACCUGGCUAAUUACACCUGCUACGUGGAGAACCACAUUGGACGCCGCCGUGGGAGUGCGAUACUGCAGAAAAAAGAUAUGUAUCGUUUGGAGUUGGCUGGUGGUCUGGGUGUCAUAUUGCUGCUGCUAGGAGUCCUAACGGCGCUUUAUAAAUGUUACAACCUGGAAAUUAUGUUGUGCUACAGGAGACAUUUUGGCAGUGAUGAAACCGAAGAUGAUAAUAAGGAGUAUGACGCCUAUCUCUCAUAUACCAAAGUGGAUCUGGACUCUUUGGGCAGAACUAACAGCGAUGAGGAAACUUUUGCUUUGGAGAUCUUGCCUGAUGUCUUGGAGAAACACUACGGAUACAAGCUGUUUCUACCAGACAGAGAUCUCAUUCCGAGCAGUACAUACAUCGAGGACCUCGCUCGUAGUGUGCUACAGAGCAGACGUUUGAUCAUUGUUUUGACACCAGAGUUUGUGGCCAAGAGAGGCUGGAGCAUCUUUCAGAUAGAAACACGGCUCCACUCCAUGCUGGUGACAGGGGAAAUCAAGGUAAUCAUGAUAGAAUGUGCAGAUCUGAAGACUGUGAUCAACUAUCAAGACGUGGAAGCACUUAAACAUACAAUCAAGGUUUUAUCUAUCAUCAAAUGGAGGGGUCCAAAGAGCAAUGACCUGUCAUCGAAGUUUUGGAAACAGGUGGUCUAUGAGAUGCCUGCUAAACGAAGAGAGACUUUGUCCAGACGUCAGGUGAUGGACUCGGGUGAGCAGGGUCUCUUCGGAGACCUACAGACAUCAGUUUCCACCAUUGCCAUGACAACCACCUCAGCAUCCCUGGUGCCUCCAACCGAGAAUCGGCACGGACAUCAUCAGGUUUCCUUGGCAACAGAGAUCCCCGACUACAACCAGAUGACCUUGCCUCUCGGAGGGGGUCACAUGGCAACAGCAGCCCAAAUGAGGCAUUUCUGCCGUAGCUAUGAGUUUCACCUUCCCCCGCAGCCUCCUGCUCUGUCGCCUCCUCUCCCACCUCCACCCACCAUGCAGUUCUCCACUCUCGGCCCUGGGGGGCGCCACGUCUACUGCAACAUCCCCAUGACACUUCUGAACGGACAGGGGUUCAGGGAAGUUGACUGGGGAAGAAGAGGUUUCCCAGAGCAGCACACUUGGAAAGAAGCCCGAUCUUCACCUGAACAGCACCUUUGUCCCACUCACCAGCAGAGAACUAAGCUCUGAUAUCUGGUAGAAACAUUGCUCUGCUGAUACUGGAUUACAGACUACUGGUUUACAAAGAAAUUCUCACUGACUUAGGACAACGGUUUUUGGUCCUUGUACAGACGUGGGUUGGAGUUUCUGAAUCCCACGUUGGGAACAAAAACUGCCUAAAUACUCCAAAACCCGUGGACUGGACAAUAUUUGGACUGCUUAUAGACCGAUACAGAUCGUUAAAUGGAUUGUAUAUUUGUACUGAACCUCCCACUGAAUUCCAGACGGACAUAAAAAGCCGAGUAGGAUCUAAAAGGACAUUUAUGCUUGCAAUACAAGUAGAUUUGCCACUGAAGAUUUGCAGCCUGAUCAGAAGCAUGGAUGUGUUGGAUUUAUUGAUGUUUUCAACUGGAAAUGUUUUUGAGAAAGGUCCACAAUCUUAAAGCACGACAGUAUUUUGUUAUCCACUGGCCAUGGGGGGUGUAUUAGGGCCAUGCUGAGAAACAAAGUCAUAGGAAGAAUUCCCACACUCAUAUAUAUACAUGUAAUACUACUACUAAAUUGGAAGAAACUAUAUUAUGUCCCUUUUCCCAUCAUAUUUUCACAUUUUGACUUUAGUCUCAUUUUCUUUUUUUUAGUGAAGAGCUAGUACAGUACUAGUGUUGGACCUUGGGAAAAAAUGUUGAUGUCGACAUUGGAUGUUUUGUUUGGUUUUUAUUUUUUUUUAAAUACCUUAACAACACAGAAUAUUUUGUUGUCCUUAGAAAACGGUCUGGUCAUAAAAUGACCUCAAACAAUAAUCUUGGGGGACUAUUUAUUCCUAACAAUAGGUUAAUGGCUACUAGACACGAAGGUUGUGGACUUCUACAAAAGAUUUCCAUUGAUUAAAUUAACAAGAAAAUGACGGCAACAACUGUAAAGCCUGUCCACGUGAUGCACUUGUAUGUAAACGACAUCCAGAUUCCGUAUUUAUUUGUUGAGGGAAGACGUUAGCAAUGGAAAUGAGAAGCUACUUCAGUGUUCAGCUGGUUGAACUGGUGAAGAGCUGAACUGGAAAACCUUUACCCUGAAUCUGCAGGCCUAAACGAUGUGGCUUUCUCUAUUUGCAUGAUCACCCAUUUCGACAUUUUAAAAAAAUGUUUAAAAAAAAAAGUAGACUAAAUGAUGCAAUCAUUUCCCGCAGCCUCUUUUAACAAGGGGGUGGUCUUCAUUGGAUGGGAUCACGGAGAGAAAAAAAAAUGGUUUUCCUAAAUGUUCUGAUUUUGUAUUUCUUUUGUUUGGCUUUGUUGACAGUUUUAUGCCUCUUUAACUUUGAGGAGCGUUACCUGGCUUAGUUUUAAAUGUUGGUUUGUUACAAUAUUCUGUAAAGCAUCAAUAAUGUGCGCAUUUAUCUAUACAGGAAUGAUUUCUUCCCUACGGUUUCUGUUUCGUGUCAUUUUGUUCCUCUUUAAUGAUGGGCUACUAACAGUCAACAGGGAGCAACAGAGUUCUUCUUCUUCACGAGCUUUAACAACGAAGAAAGAAUUAUUCUUACCAUAAUAUUUAAGGAAAGGCGACUUGUUUUGAUGAUGAAAAAGUCAUUGUCAUUACAGUAAAAGAACUAAUGAAUUCUGGAUAUUUGAGAAGAUUAAUUAUCACUUUGUUGUAUCCAAUUGCAGUAUAACGUCAAGUGAUGGUUUUGUGUGUGCUGUUUGUAAAACUGCUUAAACCAAAAAUAACAGCAACAUUGUCACAUUUACAGUCGUGUUCAAAACAAUAGCAGUUCAAUGUGGCUAAUUAGAAUAAUCCACCUUUUGGCUAUAUUUUUUAAUGCCACAGGUCUAAUUUACCAGUAGAGUCUCAGAAAACCAACUAGACCCAGCAUUCAUGAUAUACUUACUUCACACUAGUCUUAAGGCUGUACAAUUGGGCAAUUUAUUGAAAUUGGUAAGUUAAAAAAAAUAGCAGUCUGACGUUUAAUUUACAAACUCAUAACUAUUUUGUACAAACUUUUUUUGUUUCUAGGAUUUACAAAUCUUUUAAUCACUAAACUAAUAUUUAGUACCUUUCAGCUAUUGUUCCACUCCAAAAUUCCUUCACGACAUUCCACAAUUUCUUAAUCUUGGUUUUGGUUCAGAAACAGUAUUUUUGAAAUCACCCCACAAGUUCUUGAUUGGAUUAAGGUCUGAGGAUUGGGUUGGGCAAUUCAUGGCAUUAACUCUGUUGGUUUGGAACCAAGACUUUGCAUGUUUACUAGUGUGUUUGGGCUCAUUAUCUUGUUGAAACACCCAAUUCUAGGGCAUGUCCUCUUCAGCAUUAGGCAACAUGACCUCUUCAAGUAUUUUGACAUAUGCAAACCGUUCCAUGAUCCCUGGUAUGCAAUAAAAAGGGCCAACACCAUAGUUGGAGAAACAUGUCCAUAUCAAGAUGGUUGCACAACUAUAAUUCACUGUCGUCACUGUGUACUGUGGCUUCAAAUCAGAGUUUGGGGGUCGUCUCACAAUGUCUACAGCACAUGGACCCAAAAAGAAAAAAAUUACUCUUCAGUCCACAAAAUGUUACUCCAUUUCUCUUGAGGCCAGUUAAUCUAUUCUUUGGCAAAUUGUAGCUUCUUCUGCACAUGCCCUUUUUUUAAUAGAGGGCCUUUGCUGGGGAAUUCUCGUAAAUACAAUUGCUUCACACAGACCUCUUCUCACUGUCACAGUAGUUCCAGGUAACUGCAGACUGCCUUUGAUCCUGGAGUUGAUCAUUGGUCUGAGCCUUUGCCAUUCCGGUUAUUCUGCGAUCCAUUUUGAUGGUUGUCUUCCAUUUUCUGCCACGUGUCUCUGGUUUUGCUCUCCAUUUUAAGGCAUGAGAGAUCAUUUUAGCUGAUCAAUCUAUAAUUCUUUGCACCUCUUUAUUUGGUUUCCUCUCUCCAAACCAGACUUUUAUUCAAAGUACGCUGUUCUGAACAAUGUGUUGAGCAACCCAUUUUCCUCAGGCUUUCUAUUUUUUUUGAAACGCCCUUUUCAAUUCAUUGCCUAAUUGUACAGACUUUAAAAGUGUGUAUAUCAUGAAUGCUGGGUCUUGAUGGUUUAUGAUUUGUAUAUGUAUAAUUAUAUAUACAGUAUG